GUCGCUCCGUGACGUCACCGGAGCGCGCCUGCUUUCUGAGGUCCGCUUCAGGUGUAGUGCGGGGCUGGCGAGUUGGCUGGCUCCUUCUGCCUUGGACCUCCGUGGGGCUCUAACUCCACAGCGCAGGGCGCCGGGUCGGACCGGCAGCCGCGGCCAGGCUCUGAUGCUGGUCACUGUUAGGAGGUUACUCACAGCUCUGCUGCAGGCUCGGAAGCAGCCCUUUCAGCCCUCCAGAGACAUGAGACUGGUGCAGUUCCAGGCACCCCACUUGGAGGGGCCUCACCUGGGCCUGGAGGCUGGGAAUGAUGGGGGGGUCAUUGACCUCAACGCAUUUGACCCCACACUCCCCAAGACGAUGUUGCAGUUCCUGGAGCAGGGAGAGGCCACCUUGUCAGUGGCAAGAAGAGCCCUGACAGCCCCGUUGCCCGUCCUCCCACGGUCAGAGGUGACCUUCCUAGCCCCAGUCACACGGCCAGACAAGGUGGUAUGUGUGGGCAUGAAUUAUGUGGACCACUGCAAAGAACAGAACGUGCCUGUGCCCAAGGAACCCAUCAUCUUCAGCAAGUUUGCUAGCUCCAUCGUGGGGCCCUACGAUGUGGUGGUCCUCCCACCAGAGAGCCAGGAGGUGGACUGGGAGGUGGAGCUGGCCGUGGUCAUUGGAAAGAAAGGCAAACAUAUCAAGGCCACAGAUGCCAUGGCUCACGUGGCUGGCUUCACUGUGGCCCAUGAUGUGAGUGCUCGGGACUGGCAAAUGAGACGCAAUGGGAAGCAGUGGCUGCUGGGAAAAACCUUCGAUACCUUCUGCCCCUUGGGCCCUGCCUUGGUUACCAAGGACAGUAUAGCAGAUCCCCACAACUUAAAGAUCUGCUGCCGCGUGAACGGGGAGGUGGUCCAGAGCAGCAACACCAGCCAGAUGGUGUUCAAGACGGAGGAGCUGAUAGCCUGGGUCUCCCAGUUUGUCACUCUUUACCCAGGGGACGUCAUCCUUACCGGGACCCCCCCAGGUGUUGGUGUGUUCAGGAAGCCACCUGUCUUUCUCAAGAAGGGUGACGAAGUCCAGUGUGAGAUUGAAGAACUUGGCAGCAUCAUCAACAAGGUGGUGUGACAGCUUCCUCAUGAGCUCCAGCUAAGGUGGAGCCUCUGCUGUGCCACUUGGCCCAGUGCUGCUCCUCUAGGUAGGAGGAAGGAAGGUGGAGCUCUACAAUAAAUUCAAGUCGAAGCUUA